AGACGGUACCAAGACAUCCUCCAUCAUCCCUACCACCUGUCACCCGUGCCCGCCUCCUUAUUUUUACCUUUUUCUCCUUAAUUACGCCUCGCCCGGGCCUGAGGAGCUGCACAGUUAAAGGCACAGGUGGGGCGGUCCAGGUGUGUGCUUUAAAAUGGCUCGCCGGCUGAUAUAUAGUGAGAAAAAGGGGAGUACAGGUGCCGCCGCCUCCUACCUGUACGUGGAUGCCGCCGCCGCCUUCAGGCCACUCCGGGAAGAAGGAAGUCAUGUCAGAGGGCUGCAGGAGCGUGUGCUGGGGUGGGCGCGCGAUGUCUUCCUCCCUCAAGGCUUCCCGGAGUCAGUCUCGCCGGAUUACCUCCAGUACCAGUUCUGGGACUCUGUGCAGGCCUACUGCAGCAGCAUCGCCGGAGCCCUCAGCCUACAGUCGACACUGGUAGGCUUGGGUGUUGGGGAGGGAAGUGCUACUCCCCUCGCCGCCACCCUCUCCUGGCUGCUCAAGGACGGAACUGGCAUGGUGUCUUCUAUUGCCUUUGCCUACUGGAAGGGGUCACAACUGGACUGUAACAGCAAGCAGUGGCGCCUCUUUGCGGACUUCACCAAUAACGUCAACCUGGCUCUGCACCUCCUCGGCCCCUUCCUUCCCGUGCCCUUCCUGGCUGUCCUAUGUGUGUCGGGGGUGCUGACGGCUCUUGUAGGGGUGGCAGGCGGCUCCACACGGGCUGCCCUCGCUGUGCACCAGGCCCGGUGUGACAACAUGGCGGACGUCUCGGCUAAGGACGGCAGCCAGGAGACCCUCGUUAACCUGGCCGCCCUGCUCACCAACCUGACGCUCCUGCCUUACUUCACCGCCAAUCUCGGGGUUACAUGGACAACCUUCCUCCUGUGCGUCUUCCUGCACAUGUACGCUAACUACCAGGCCAUGCGCGCGCUGACCCUGCACAGCCUCAACCGCCCCAGACUCCUCUACGUCCUGGGUGGCUGGGUGAAGGGUGCGGCUGACUCGGAGGGGACGGCUGAUGGUGGUGGUGGUGGUGAUGGAGUUCCGUCACCCGCCGAAGCUAAUCUUAAUGAGCCGCUCCUGUUUGGUCCUGCGUUUAAGUCAGACUACUUCCCACUGGGGUUCCGCGUCACCAUCGGCCACUCGCUGCACUGGGCCCUGCGUCGCUGUGGUGGUGGUGGCGGUGGUGAGGCGGAGCUGUUCGAGGCUGCCUGUGACGCCUUUAGUGGUGAGCAAUACAUGCUCUGUGCCAACCUGCGUCGUCGCCAGCUCCACGUCAUCUACCGCAGCCACGUCACACCUGAGGAUGAGCUGCGGGCCUUCGUUACCGCCUACCUGUGUGUCCUCAACUACUCUCACUGGUUGGAGGGAACGGUACUCCCCCCGAAGUUCCUGGCCCCCAACCUCCCCGCCACCACCCCAACCUCCACUGCCUCAGAGUACCAGGUGAUGAAGGCUGUCAAGGAGCUGGUGAGACAGGUGUUCCCAUCCUUAAUGAAGAGCCUACAGGUGCAAAAGUGGAGAAUUGACAAGCUGCAUUUUGGGGCGGAUGAAUGGAGGUUGAUUGAAGACUAACACACACACACACACAAUCUCACCCAUACACACACACACACACACACACACGCACACAGUGGCCUUUAAGUGUAUAUGCACAUGUGUGUAUUUUCACUGUUGUUGUAAAUCCCCCAAAAUGAAGGUAAGGUUUCAGUUAUUUUUGUACAUAUUUUUGUAUGCUCAUUGUUUAUAUUUUUGUAACACCCGUUUGUAUGUAGAUUAAAAUGCAUGUAGAUUUUCAUAUUCAGACGCACGUCAUCGCCUUCACAAACAAACUUCCGGAGUAAUAUUUUUCUCCUCAUCCAGAUUAUAAAA